ACGCGGCGCGGACAAACCACGAAUCAUCCCAACCCCAAAUUUAACCCUCUGCGUCCAAAUUUAGUUAGCCGCGUUCCUCCAAAUUUAGCCUCUAAACCCCAACCCUAUCCCAUUAAUAAGAAGCCCUUUGCACUUCCUCUCAUUCAUUUGGGUCCGUCCCCGAUUUCGCUCCCCCUCCUCUGUCUCUGGUUUUCUUCUUCUUCUUUUUCUCUCUGCAGCUGCUUCUGCUCGUUAAUGGCGGUGUGAGAAAGCCCCAUUUGGAUGAUAGACCGCGCAGAAGCCAUGGAUGCUCGUAGAGCGAAGCAGCUGCUACUCCUCUGCCUUGGAACCCUAACGACGCGCGUGGCCCUCGUGGGUGGAAACCACACCGCUGCCAGGUUUUGCACCCGCUAGGCCCUCCCCCUCCGCCUGUAAUUUUCUCUCUUCAACAAAACACAGGAAGAUCUCUUCCUCGUUGCUCUGUGAAUCUCGCUUGCCUGCGAACUUGCUCACCAAUUGCUCGAUAAAUGGACCGUCGCAAAGCAUCUUGGGCCAAGAAAGUCGAUCCGAACACUGGGCCGACCGAUCCAAACCAGCUGAUCAUAAUGCUGCCCAAUUCCAGGGUCAUGCGUUUGCUUGCCCGAUCUGUGUUCUUAGCGAUUGCACUUGUAUCGUUCCCGUGGCUAGGCUCGCUUGGAUCCAUGCUUGACGCAUCAGCUGCUCGUGCCACGACCCUGAACCCCAUCCCGGCACUGUUAAUGCCUGAAGGCGAUCUGCUCGACGAAAUGAUUCGAGAUCUGAUGGAGCAAGGCCUCCUCAAACCCUCCGAUAAGACCCUGUGCGUCGGCAUCGACUCAGCCAGAUCAUUAGAAGAACAGGGAUUCAUGCCCGAUCAGAUCAACCUAGAUGAUGAGAUCCAACCGGGCAUAUAUGACUUUGUGCUCGCAAGCGAGCAUUUUCCAGCAUCGAUUGUUGAUCGUGCCCUCAAGCCUGGUGGCAUUGCCGCCGGUCCCCUUGCCGCCCCCUUUCGUGUAGGCCCCAAUUUCAAGAUUGUGUACCUUCGCAAGUUCCAGGCCACGGCCAUUGCCCUAAAAAAGCUGAAUGAGCCCUCCUCCACUGCUUCGGUUACCUCAAUUACAGGUUGCACACCAUCAAAGGCGGCAACAAUGCAAAAACUAGAAGAGAUCCUUCUGGAACCACCGAGGGAGUCAUGGAUCAAGGGGGGUGAGUACCUUAACCGUGUGAAAUUCCUGCCAAAUGUGGCGGCCGAUUAUCUGAGCGCAUAUCCCAGGCGCGUAUACAUUGAAGUGGCGACCCGCUCGAAAGGAUUCAGGGACGAAGGUGUGGGCCCCUGGUUUCGCAAGCAUUACCCUACAAAUGGCCAGGAAUUUGAUUUUUACAGGGUGGAGAAGGUGAAGGGAGGCAGCUAUGCAGCCACCGUCACUUGGACGAGGAGGAGAGCGACAAGGGAGGGCACCGAGGAGGAGGCCGGUGAAGAAGGGCUGAGCGAGUGGGUGAGGCGGAGCGUGAGAGAGGAGGAGUACGUGGUGAUGGAGGUUGGGGGGUUCGAUGUGGUGAGAGAGAUGGUGGAGAGCGGUGCGAUAUGUCUUGUGGACGAGCUCUUCUUCAAGUGCCCGCACGCUGCGCCUCAAGGCGCCGUGGGCCGGGCCUACUGGGAGUGUAUCUCGCUCUAUGGCUUGCUCAGAGAGAGAGGGGUCGCCGCACAUCAAUGGUGGGAUUAAAGAGGGGCCAUGUUUUUGUGACUCUUUUGUGGUGUCUUGUUCGUGCUUUGUUGAGCCCACUUGGUGCCGGGUUCGGUGGUAGAGUAGUGAGUAGACUAAGUGGGUUCGAGCCUAGUAGCUCACCACUUGAAUAAGUGAAAGGCUUGAGAGUCAGUGUCGUUGUUUGUUUGUUUGUAGUGGAGUAGCAAGCCAAUUAGGUCAAAGGAGUCACGUACGUUGUCGUUAUGUUUGUAGGAGGGGCUUUUAAUUGUUUGUUUGUGUGGUGGAUGGACCGGAUAUUCUCAAAUUGCGUUGUUACCUUUUUUAAUCUUCUACUAUAUCAUUUUAGUGUUAUAAACGUGGUGCAUGCUUUUAUAUUC